ACAUAUAAUUUCAAAAAAGUUUCAUUAAAUCAAGUAAUAAAUAUUACAAAAGGUUAAAACUACAAAGUGUCCCAAUUUUAACGUAAAGAAAGGAAUGGACACCCUAACUACUUCAGUGAAGGAGGUGGCUACUCCUCAACAGGAAGAGGUGGCUGAGGUGGCUUUUCCUCAGCAGGGAGAGGUGAAUGUCCCAUUUCUAGAUGAGCUUGCUAGUCCUCUUCUGACGGAAUUAUAUGCACUUCCACUGGAUGAGGUGGCUGGUUCCUUUCCUCUUAUGUACCCUCUACCUCUGCAACCUUUUCUUCCAUUGCAACGAAUUUGAAGUCGAAGUGCGGAGGAAAUAUUGUACGACCUUAUGUGUCGUGAUCCCAUCUCAGCUUAACUUUCGGCCGGAAGUCAACUGACAUCCUUUCGCCAUUCUCUUCCACCCCUUAUUCUUGUUCAUCAAAGGUGAUGCUCGUGAGAUUCAUUUUGGGAUAUUGCGACUUCACCUUCUUUCUGCAGUCUGUGAAGGCCAGGAUUGCAAUGGGCAACCAGUACAGGUUCACUAUCUCGUCAAACAUACCAGACUUCAAGAAAUCUGCAAUGUGCUC